AAGACAUUUCAUUGGUGGCGUGUUCCAACAUGGCUGCGCCUACGAACACCGUGUUGUUGCGGAUGUUCAGGAAGUGUAUUCGGGAUCACAGUUUUAGGUUGCGAUUGAUUCCCGAGCGUUCACUAGGGCACUACAAUGGAGAUCGCCUCCAACAUAGACGGGACGCAGCAGGAGCCAACAUCCGAUCGCUGUCAGCAGGGACUUAUGGAAGCGGAUGGGGCAGGGGCCAUAAUCGGACAGGUCUUUUUGGGACAGCUUUCGCGACCGGGUUGAGCAUCGGCGGGGUUGCACUUCUGUACUAUUUGAGAGAUGGGGAGAAGCAGGGUUUAUCUGGGGGAGUCCUGUCAGCUGUCACAGCCCAAACUGGUUCCCUCUUCCAGAACGUGUUGUCUACAGCGCAGUGUGCUUCCCCUUUCAAACCCGACAGCCCUCGUUAUAAAUACAACUUCAUUGCAGAUGUUGUGGAAAAAUCUGCACCCGCAGUUGUGUACAUCGAAAUAUUGGGGAGGCACCCGUUCUCUGGCAGGGAAGUACCGAUUUCCAACGGCUCCGGCUUUAUCAUCAGCCAAGAUGGGCUGAUUGUCACAAAUGCUCAUGUUGUUGCCAACAAACGGGGCGUUCGAGUCAAACUGACGAACGGAGAGACUUACAACGCCACCGUCCAAGAUGUGGACCAGGUUGCAGACAUUGCUACCAUCAAAAUCAAUACUCAGCACCCUUUACCCACGCUGCCCUUGGGGCUGUCGUCGGAGAUACGGCAGGGUGAGUUCGUGGUUGCGAUGGGGAGCCCCUUUGCCUUGCGUAACACCAUAACAUCGGGGAUCGUCAGCUCGGUGCAGAGGGGCAGCCGUGAGCUGGGCAUCUCCAACUCAAACAUGGACUACAUCCAGACAGACGCUGCUAUUGACUUUGGGAAUUCUGGUGGGCCUCUCAUCAACUUGGAUGGUGAGGUCAUUGGCAUCAAUACCAUGAAGGUGACAGCGGGCAUCUCCUUUGCUAUCCCGUCGGACCGCCUCAGGCAUUUCCUCACCAGAGCGGCUGACAAGAAGAAGUCCUGGUUUGGGGAGUCGGAAGCGAAGCGCCGGUACAUAGGGGUGAUGAUGCUGACUCUCACGCCCAGCAUUAUUGCGGAGCUGAAGAUGAGAGACCCCUCCUUUCCGGACGUGACGCACGGAGUUCUGAUCCACCGUGUCAUCAUGGGCUCCCCAGCCAAUCGGGCGGGGAUGAAGGCAGGCGACAUUGUGGUGGAGAUCAACGGGACGGCGGUGAAAACGUCGGAGGAGAUCUACAACGCUGUGCGCACCAGCGACAGUAUUAACAUGGUGGUGAAGCGAGGCUUCGACCUGCUCAUGCUGCACGUCAGCCCCGAGUUCACUGAGUGAGGGGUCCCGCGGCCACCAAGCUGGGCACAGGGGACCAGAGAGCCGGCACAGAGCGCGGUUCUUAGUUCCUCACGAUGGGCAGGCCUGGACAUGAAUAUGGCUCAGGGGCCACAAUUUUGGAUGGUAAAAGGCUGGUUUUUGUCAGUUGGUCCAAGGAAGAGGUAUAUUUAUUUGACAGAGGGUGAACUGAAGAAUAUGGCUGAUGGAGAGUGUGUUAAGUGUGUCCUUUGCUCUGAAUUACAAGCUUGCCUGAAUCUGUCACUUCGCAGAAGUACACCUAUUGCGCCUUCAGUUUACAAUCAACAUAGGUGAUCAUCUCCAUUUCUGUAAUGGACUUGUGCUUCAAGUACGAUGUGUUAGAGUUAAAUAAAAGCCUUGUAAUCUCAAUCACAGUAUUAUUAAUGUUUAUGUAAGACCCAAGACAGCUUGCAAGAGUUCAUAUCUCUCUCUCUGUCAUCCACAAAUGUGACCUUAAUUAUAUGACCGUGUUAAAGGUUAGCGACAGAAAUGAUGUGGAGGAGAAAGUAGUGACUGUCAUUAUGACUGAUGAAAGUUCAUGGCUGUAUAUCGACCUAUCUCUGUUUAAGGGUUUCAGACUUUAUCUGCAGUUGAUAACAACCGAAGAAUCUCAAAGCCCUCCUGCUAAACCUUACCAUACGUCUAUAUGCAGAACAGACGGAGCUUGGAAUCCAAAAGGUCAAAGUCUGACCGCUGAGGUACAAAGGCGUCUUUGUGGAACACUGAGGGUAAGGAAGUGAACAGCAAAAUAUGUGCCGAGUUACUCUAGAAAAAUAAUUUCCUUUGGUUUUCUCAUGGAUUUAUAUCCCUUUAUAUGCCUCUUAACUGAAAACCUCCAAAGCACUGUAUUCUCUUUAAAGAAAAAUGUGUGAUCA